AUAAAAGUUAGGUUAUGAACGACUUGCUGUCGGCAAGCCCAAGCACUACUUGUGUCCUGCUUUUGUGAAUUUAGUUUCUAAUUUAUUUUUUAGCAAUUUUUUGAUUUUUUACUGUGGAAAAAGUCUAAAGAAGAGCAAAAUGUUUCGCCCCACGAGGGGUUUAGUUUUGACAUUUCGUCAUAUCAAGGAAUAUCGACUUAUACAUACAAAUGAACGACAACGACAGGAUACUUCGGAAUACAAAUCUCCAAUUACGGAGGAAUAUAAAUUAGGUCCGUUAGAAGGUCGAGCACUUUAUUUGGAUGCUCAAGCGACAACUCCAAUGGAUCCACGUGUAUUGGAUAAAAUGAUGCCGUAUUUAGUAAAUUUUCACGGCAAUCCUCAUUCAAGAACUCAUAUGUACGGUUGGGAAACGGAAACUGCAGUUGAGCAUGCACGUAAACAAAUUGCUGACUUGAUUGGCGCUGACAAAAAGGAAAUAAUUUUCACAUCUGGAGCAACCGAAUGCAAUAAUAUAUCGAUCAAAGGAGUUGCUAGAUUUUAUAAAGCUAAGAAGAAGCACAUUAUAACAACCCAAACAGAACACAAAUGCGUUUUAGAUUCAUGCCGAGCUUUACAGGGCGAAGGUUUCGAAGUGACUUAUUUACCAGUUAAUUCGAAUGGUCUUAUUGAUAUGGAGGAACUUGAAAAGGCUAUUACUCCAAAUACAUCUUUAGUUUCUAUUAUGACAGUCAAUAAUGAAAUUGGCGUUCAACAACCUGUUGCUGAAAUAGGCGCUCUGUGCAGAAAGAACAAAGUCUUCUUUCACACUGACGCUGCUCAAGCGAUCGGAAAAAUUCCGAUUGAUGUUAACGAAAUGAAUAUUGAUCUGUUAUCUAUAAGCGGUCACAAAAUUUAUGGACCAAAAGGAGUAGGAGCUUUAUACGUGAGAAGAAGACCCAGAGUACGUGUCGAACCACUUCAAAGCGGUGGAGGACAGGAGAGAGGAAUGAGAAGUGGUACAGUUCCAGCUCCUUUGGCAGUUGGUUUAGGAGCAGCUUGCGAGUUUUCACAAAAUGAAAUGGAGUAUGAUCACGAAUAUAUAACGCGUCUUGCGAAUCGACUUCUUGACACAAUUACCUCAAAUUUGACUCAUGUGAUAAGAAACGGAGAUCCUGUUGCCUGGUAUCCGGGAUGCGUUAAUCUUUCCUUCGCUUGUGUCGAAGGAGAAUCUUUAUUGAUGGCAUUGAAAGACAUAGCGUUAAGUAGUGGAUCAGCAUGUACGAGUGCAAGUUUGGAGCCUAGUUACGUUCUUCGGGCAAUUGGAGCUUCCGAAGAUCUUGCUCAUUCCAGUAUAAGAUUCGGAAUUGGAAGAUUCACAACUAUGGAAGAAAUUGAUUACACAGCUGAAAGAACAAUAUACCAAGUGAAACGCUUAAGAGAAAUGAGCCCAUUGUGGGAGAUGGUCGAGGACGGCAUUGAUCUGAAGACAAUAAAAUGGACCCAGCACUAAAACGCACCUGAGUAUCAUGUGAUUUACAAAAAAGUAUAAUUUCAAAAACAAGAAAAAACGAAAAUCCAUUUAAAUAUCAAAAUAACAUCGAGCACAACCGAUUGAAAGGAAUUUUAAUUCUAAAACCUGUGAAGCAACCGGACACACUCACGUCUUAUAUUCUCAUAUAUAUUUUUUUCAGGAAAAGAUCUGUGUUGUAAUUUGUUGAAAAAGUUCCGUUUUUGAGUUAAAGUUUAUUAUUGUUAUUA